GUGGAUCACACCUUCCUGGACUUAUUUAUACAGGAAGAGAGAUUGAGUAUGCCCAAAGCUGCCAAUAAGUGUAUGAUCCUAAGAAACAGUGGGAAGCAAAUGGAAAAAGUUGGCGUUGACUUUCAGAAGAAUUGUAUUUUUAUUGAUGCAGCCGGGUUUUAUACUCAAAUGUUGAGAAGUCGUAUCUGGUCGAAAAAAGGUGAUCCUGCUAACGUAGAAGUUCAUAGCAGACGUGGUGCUAAUGUUACUAUUGUCGGCUGUAUUUCUCCAUUUGGGAUCAUCAAAUUUUCUAAAGUUGAGCCAUUGAAGCAACCAGUAGCUUCAUUAUAUAAUAAAAAAGGCUACUGUUUCCAGAAGCAACCAAUCGUGGAGGUUGAUCAUUAUGUGCUUCCUUUCACAGUCUUAUUUAACGAGAGACGCGAAAACUACAAAUGAAACAUACUCUCGAUAUUGGACAAUAGAAAUCACUAUUAUCCUCACAGCGAUAUUAAUGAAUGUUUAUUUAAAGUGACCAUCAUCAUUAGAACUUCACUAAAGAUUGUUUUUAUUUAAAGUGACCUAUGUCUUUAAACUUCACUAAAGAUUGUUGAUUUAAAGUGACCAAUAUCCUCAAAACUUCACUAAAGAUUGUUUAUUUAACGUGACCAAUAUCUUCAAAACUUCACUUUAACAAAA